AUGCCCUCAGAGCGCACCCCACUCUUCGCCAGGGUCCCGGUGGCCGAGCGCCAGCCCCGAUAUCCCCAUGGUGUAUUGCGCCGCUUCUGCACCAUCGCUCUGGCAUCCAUCUUGAUAUGGUUCUUCGUCGCGGUGGCCGCGUCGUUGACGUUCUUCCCAGACACUCAUUCCCACCACGACCCCCGCGGCCGGUGGCCAUGGCCUGGAUACGGCCGGAGGAAGGUGAGCUAUGACCAGCUGCAGCGCUUGCUGCUCGACACCCCUUCAGCCGAACACGCCGAGGAGUGGAGCAGCUACUAUACUGCCGGGUCUCAUCUGGCCGGCAAGAACUAUUCCCAAGCGCUCUGGACCAAAAAGAAGUGGGAGAAGUUCGGCGUCAAGUCUGACAUUGUGUCGUACGACGUCUACCUCAACUACCCCGCGGACCACCGCCUGGCCCUUCUCGAAGAGCAAAAGCGUCAUGACGGCACUUCGGCCUGGAAGGUUUCGUAUGAAGCAUCCCUCACCGAGGACGUCAUCGACGAGGACCCAACCAGCGGCCUGCCCGACAGAAUCCCCACCUUCCACGGCUACUCUGCCUCGGGCAACGUGACGGGCCCUGUCGUCUACGUAAACUACGGAACCUAUCAGGACUACGAAGACCUCAUCAAGGCUAACGUUAGCCUCAAAGAUAAGGUGGCCAUUGCUCGAUAUGGAGGCAUUUUUCGGGGGCUGAAAGUCAAGCGGGCGCAGGAGCUCGGCAUGCUUGGCGUCAUCCUGUACAGUGAUCCCGGUGAUGACGGAGACAACACCGAGGCGAAGGGUGUGAAGCCGUAUCCCGAUGGACCCGCCAGACAGCCGAGCAGCGUGCAACGUGGCAGUACUCAGUUCCUGAGCUUUGCCCCGGGUGAUCCCACGACCCCGGGAUACCCUUCAAAGCCAGAUGCUCCCCGGCAGCCUGUGCACACUGCGAUCCCUAGCAUACCGUCCAUCCCCAUCUCGUAUGCAGACGCACUGCCUAUUCUGAAAGCGCUCAAUGGUCAUGGGCCCAAGGCCGAGGACUUCAACAAGUAUUGGACCCGUAACACGGGGCUGCAGUACAAGGGCGUGCAUUACAAUGUCGGGCCAACACCCGACAAUGUGGUUGUGAAUCUGUACAGUCAGCAGGACUAUGAGAUCACCCCGUUAUGGAAUGUCAUUGGCAUCAUCAACGGUAGCUUCCCCGACGAGGUCAUUAUCGUCGGUAAUCAUCGCGACGCCUGGAUAGCCGGAGGAGCUGCCGAUCCCAACAGCGGAUCUGCAGUUCUGAACGAGGUCAUCCGUUCCUUUGGGAAGGCCCUCAGCAAAGGGUGGAAACCGCUCCGUACUAUUGUCUUUGCUAGCUGGGACGGCGAAGAGUACGGCCUCGUUGGGUCAACGGAGUGGGUGGAGGAGUACCUGCCCUGGCUCAAGGAUGCCAAUGUCGCCUACAUUAACACAGACGUUGCGACAAGGGGCUCCUGCCUCCAUACAUCAGCAGCGCCCUUGCUCGAUAACAUCAUUCACGCGGCUACCAAGGCCGUCCUAUCGCCCAACCAAACCGUCCCUGGCCAGACCGUCUACGACGUCUGGGACAAGCAGAUCCGGACUAUGGGCAGCGGCAGCGAUUUCACCGCCUUCCAAGACUUUGCCGGCGUGCCCUCGGUGGACAUUGGCUUUGAGUCCUGCCCGGACGAGCCCGUGUACCACUACCACAGCAACUACGACAGUUUUCACUGGAUGAACAAGUUCGGCGACCCAAGCUUCGCUUACCACCGCGCCAUGGCUCAGGUUCUCGGUCUGGUCACGGCCCAGCUCGCAGAUCUCCCCAUCAUCUCCUUCCGCGCCGCUGAUUAUGCCCGGGCCCUGGAGCGGUACGUAAAGAAGGUUGAGGACCGGCUCGACGAAGCGCUCUCACCCACAACAACAACAUUGAAGUCUUCUUCCCUGAUGGACGACGACGACGACGACGACGAUGACACCUACUUUGAACUCCGCAGUAGCACCCGCAACUCCUCCUCCACUCUGACCUCCCUCUCCCGGAAGAAGUCUUCCUCCUCCCCUUCCUCCUCGUCAGAAGUGUCAGAAGAAGCCCCCCCGUCGUCGUCGUCUGGCGGGGAAUCCUUCCGACACUCGCUCCAGCGCCUGCGCAAAGCCCUCGACAAACUGGCCUCCCGCGCGAAGAAGCUUGAUAAGCGCGCGGAUGAACUGCGUGAUGAGCUGGGUAGGCAUAUCCCCUGGUGGAGGUGGCCUUGGCACAAGCUGAGGCUGGGGUUUGAGAUACGCAAGGUGAAUACCAAGUACAAGGAUCUGGAAAGGAGUUUUUUGUAUGAGCAAGGGUUGGAUAAUCGGCCGUGGUUCAAGCAUGUUGUUUUUGCGCCCGGGUUGUGGACGGGUUAUGCUGGUGCCGUGUUCCCUGGUUUGAUGGAGAGUAUUGACAGCGAGGAUUGGGUGAAUGCCGAGCGGUGGGUGGAUAUCAUUGAGAGCCGGAUGAGGAAUGCCGCGCACCGGUUGUGA